AUGUUCCUAGAGGAGGACCAAGGAGCAGUUCUCAGGUCCUACCCUCCUCCUCUAUCUCUGCCCCCAAACAGUGAUUCCUCAGAAAAUGGCAUGCUGUCCCGCUUGGGUGAUCUGCUCUACUACACUAUUGCUGAGGGACAGGAACGAAUCCCUAUCCACAAGUUCACUACUGCACUGAAGGCCACUGGACUACAGACCUCAGAUCCACGGCUCCGGGACUGCAUGAGCCAGAUGCGCCACAUGGUUCAACAGUCCAGCAGUGGUGGCCUCUUGGACCGAGAUCUUUUCCGAAAGUGUGUGAGCAGCAACAUUGUGCUCCUGACCCAGGCAUUUCGAAAGAAGUUUGUCAUUCCUGAUUUUGAGGAGUUCACGGGCCAUGUGGAUCGCAUCUUUGAGGAUGCCAAAGAGCUCACUGGAGGCAAAGUGGCAGCCUACAUCCCUCAGUUGGCCAAGUCAAAUCCAGACCUGUGGGGUGUCUCCCUGUGCACUGUGGAUGGUCAGCGGCACUCUGUGGGCCACACAAAGAUCCCUUUCUGCCUGCAGUCCUGUGUGAAGCCCCUCACUUAUGCCAUCUCUGUAAGCACCCUAGGCACUGACUACGUGCACAAGUUCGUGGGCAAAGAGCCCAGUGGCCUGCGCUACAACAAACUCUCCCUUAAUGAGGAAGGAAUCCCCCAUAACCCCAUGGUCAAUGCUGGCGCCAUUGUUGUGAGCUCCCUGAUCAAGAUGGACUGUAACAAAGCAGAGAAGUUUGAUUUUGUGUUGCAAUAUCUGAACAAAAUGGCUGGGAAUGAAUACAUGGGUUUCAGCAAUGCUACAUUCCAGUCAGAGAAGGAAACGGGGGAUCGAAAUUAUGCCAUUGGCUAUUAUCUAAAGGAAAAGAAGUGCUUUCCUAAGGGGGUGGACAUGAUGGCUGCCCUCGAUCUCUACUUCCAGCUGUGCUCCGUGGAGGUAACCUGUGAAUCAGGCAGUGUCAUGGCAGCAACCCUGGCCAAUGGUGGGAUCUGCCCCAUCACAGGCGAGAGCAUUCUGAGCGCUGAGGCAGUGCGCAACACUCUCAGCCUCAUGCACUCCUGCGGCAUGUACGACUUCUCGGGCCAGUUUGCCUUCCAUGUGGGCCUGCCAGCCAAGUCAGCUGUGUCAGGAGCCAUCCUCCUGGUGGUACCCAAUGUCAUGGGAAUGAUGUGUCUGUCACCUCCACUGGACAAGCUGGGGAACAGCCAUAGGGGCAUCCACUUCUGCCAGAAGUUGGUGUCUCUCUUCAAUUUCCACAACUAUGACAACCUGAGGCACUGUGCUCGGAAGUUAGACCCACGGCGUGAAGGGGGAGAAGUUAGGAACAAGACUGUGGUGAAUCUGUUAUUUGCUGCCUAUAGUGGAGAUGUCUCUGCUCUUAGAAGGUUUGCCUUGUCAGCCAUGGACAUGGAACAGAAAGACUAUGACUCCCGCACAGCCCUGCAUGUUGCUGCAGCUGAAGGACACAUUGAAGUUGUUAAAUUCCUGAUUGAGGCUUGCAAAGUGAAUCCUUUUGUCAAGGACAGGUGGGGCAACAUUCCCCUGGAUGAUGCUGUGCAGUUCAAUCAUCUGGAGGUGGUAAAACUGCUUCAAGACUACCAGGACUCCUACACACCAUCUGAGACUCAGGCUGAAGCAGGAGCUGAGGCUCUGUCCAAAGAGAACUUAGAGAGCAUGGUGUGAGCAUGGAGCACACACGGUUCCUGCCCAAGUAAAAGCACGAGCUAGCCACACAUUUAACCCAUAACCACCAAACAUGCUACAGAGAGCUGCACUGCUUCAGUGGGGACCAAGACUUAGGCCAUUGCUUUCUGCAAGAGUCAAAAUACCCUAUUCCCUUGGCAGACAGUAUAGAGAAGUGCCUAGGUGGACAACUGCAGUAGAGCUAUCCAUGGAGAUUGUGUGCUUCUUCAAGGUAUAGCCUAAUUGCUUGGCCCACUCAAAACUUUCCCAUGUCUUUGCCUAGGUCCCCUCUCCCUCUCCCUGAAGAAACCACGAGAGCGAUACUUUGGUAAAGAGGCUUUAGCCUCCAUGCACAUGUAUAUAUCCACAGAGGAAGGAGAUGGAGCUAUGCACCUGGCUUUAGUUGUCUGACAAUAUCUACUCCCCUUGGCCAGGAAACAGAAAUUUUAUAGACAGAGAAAGUAUUUUGUGCUCAAAUAAACUUUAAUUACACAAAUGAUUAUUUUUUGCUAAACUUAGUCCUCUUUCUCCCCUAGGGGCAUUCAGUUUCAUCACCAUCAUAAAGGUAGAAUAA